AUGUAUACCUUCACCAUCCUGUCAUGCCUCGACGACGAGCCAAAUACGGACGCCAAGUUCUACGUCGACGACGGGCUCCUUCUGGCCGUUUCGUCUUCUUACGACACCAACAUCCUCGAACUUCAACACGCUUUCGACACAGUCACCCGCAAGCUUCAACAGCUCGGUUUAGACAUCGACGCAGACAAGACCGAGCUCAUACACUUCGCACCGAGCCGUAGCAGGGUGGAUCCCGGCAGACUCCCGCACAUCAACAUCAUCCCGCCGAAUGCGCGCGCUCGUUCCGUCUCUCCUCAGCCAGUCAUGCGCUGGCUAGGUAUCUGGUUCGACUACAAGCUUACGUGGAAGAGCCACGUCGAGAAGAUGGCCACACGCGCGCGGUCGACAAUAGCAGGCCUGCGCAUCCUCGCCAACACCGUCCGCGGCUUGCGGCUAGCGAAUGCGCGCUUACUUUACAAGACCGUCGUGAUACCGGUGUUGACCUUCGGUGCACCGGUUUGGUACAGAGGCGUGCGCCAAAAGACACUCAUCAAGAUCCUCGAGAUUGCUCAGAACGAGGGCCUGCGAUGGAUGCUCGGCGCUUUUCGUACUACCCCCUCCGCAGAAAUGCAUCACCUCGGCGCCAUUCUUCCUAUUCACAUACUUCUCAAGCAACUCUCUCACAACGCGGCGAUCCGCCUCAGAACUCUCCCGCGCACGUCACAAGUGCUUCGCCGCACUCCUCGAACAUGGGAUGAAAGCGACCCUCACUGCCCGGUCCCGCUACCGAACACGGUCAAAGACCCCUCGGCCACCAUCAUCCAUCACCUCGCAAGUCUCACAAGCGCCAACGCCGAACAGAUUAUCCCAUACCAUGACCCCCCUUGGUCCAGACACCACAAUUGGGGGGACCGCCUGCUGGUAACCCUCCCGGAACGCGACGCUGACGAGAGACGCCGCGCGCUAUACGUCCGCGACGUCCGUGUGCGCAUCGACGACUACUCGCACGACCCGCGGACAAUAGUGGUCUUCACAGACGGCUCGCGUCGACGGGUAGACGGUCACAGGCACCGACGCACGGGUGCCGGCUUUGUGAUCUUUCGCAAUGGCCAGGAAAUCCGCGCGGGGAAGCGAUGCCUCGGACGGCGAGCCGGC